AUCGAUUUUUGUUCCAGCUCUAGACAAGUUUUUUUUAUAAAUAAAAUAGCUCUAGAAAUACAUUAUUUAUACAAAAUAAUUGUAUGUAAUCCAAUUAUAAAAACUUGCCGUUAAAAUGAGUUGUUUUCGAGUACCUCCCUUCAGACGCAAACCUGUUCGGGACCUAAUUUAAACAUCAAGUGAAAAAUAUGGAGCAAGACACACACUGGUAUGUGACGACACGGAUAUAGCUGUAAACCAGUCAUCAUAUUUGUAGGACUCAGCUAUCUUGUACAGAUCGGGGCAUUCAGCAAGCUAUCCAGGAUAUAAACAUCUAAAAGAAAAUUGCUAUCGGAAUGCAAGAACGGGUUAAAGAGCUACGCCUUACUGUGUGGUCAAAGUCACAGAUUCAAGAUAGUAAUCAACGGUGCAGUAUGGUGGUUUGCAACAAACGAUUAACUUCCACUAAAGUGCUUGGCGACUCACAGCAACCACUCUUGUUAGCCCUCCCAAAUUGCAAAACGCGUCGCCAGCAGAAGCAUCAUAAAGUACAGCUGUACUCUGGGAGCCCAUUGAACAUCAAGCUGUACGCGUCAGCGAAUAUUGAGGGUAUUCCGAGAGCACGGAAUCAGGCACCAGCGACGACUAAUAAUCAACAACCAGCUAUGCAUCGAAAGACUAAAAGCAAAAGCAAGCUCGAAACAUCCAACAACUUUUCGACGCUAGAUUCAUCAGGUGAUAGUGAUAUUUAUCCAUCCGCAGAGAAUUCAUCGGCAUUAGUGGAAUCAGUCAAAAAAUGUGAAGGAACUUCUACAGAAAUAGGAGUAAAGACUUCACAGCAUUUCCCACAUAUAAACCAAAUUACAAAAAGCCAGAGUUGCCGCAACAACAGGAUUAGAAACAGAACCCGCUCCUAUUCUUCGCCUUCGGCCUCAGCGGUGAGAUGCAAAAUGAUGAUUCCAUUACCAACGUUUGGCGCAACAUCUUUUGUUACUUUGCUGACUUUAAUUUGUAUGGAAACGGUUUUGCUAUCAACCAUGUCCAGUUGCGCCAAAACGUUCUACAUGCAUUGGAAUACAUCGAACAGCAUAUUUCGGAUUGAUAAUACCGAUCAUAUAAUCGAUGUUAAUAAGGGCAACCUUGCAUUUGAGUUUGAUCAGGUGCAUAUAAUAUGCCCAGUAUAUGAGCCAGGAACUUUUGAAAAUGAAACAGAGAAAUAUAUAAUUUACAAUGUGUCUAAAGUGGAGUAUGAAACAUGUCGCAUAACAAAUGCAGAUCCGCGAGUAAUAGCUAUAUGUGAUAAACCUCAGAAAUUAAUGUUUUUUACAAUAACUUUCCGGCCAUUUACACCGCAGCCAGGUGGCUUGGAGUUCCUACCUGGAAAUGAUUAUUACUUCAUUUCAACUUCAUCUAGGGAUGAUUUAUAUCGUCGAAUUGGAGGUCGAUGCUCCACAAACAAUAUGAAAGUAGUCUUCAAAGUGUGUUGUGCCGCCGAGGACAAGAACAAAACCACUGCGAUAAGCAAAUCUAUAUCAGGUGCAGACACUGGAGGAGCCAUUAAUGUCAAUAUAGCAGCUAAUGAUGACAGUCAUGUCCAUAGCCAAGGCAAUAACAUUGCUAUUGGAACCAAUAUUGGUAUAAAUGGAGGCGUAAUUUCUGGAGGACAUCAAUCCGCUGGAAUACCAAUCAAUCCAAUCAACGGCAAUACCAAUAUAAAUGGCAUUGCAACUGCUAUUAAUUCAAACAUUGAUCAGUUUAACCGGAUACCGAUUCAACCAAACAUAAUCGGUAACAAUGCAGGAACCAACGCCGCUGGUCCUGGAGUUGUUAAUGGUGGAGGCAUUAUUCUAACUCCUGGACAUGGUCAUGGAAACAUCAACAUGCUACAACCAGGACGCGGCGGAAUGAACGUGGCUUAUCCCGGACAUCACCACAUCCAAACAGGGAUCAGGAUAAAUAAUGUACCGACGCAGCACAGCUACCCACCUCACAAGGGUAAUGUUAACAGCAAUACUAACCCAAAUGAUGAGCACCACCAUUACAACAAACAUCCCAACGAGGUUGUAAAGAACGAGGAGCUAACAUACAACAGAGGCACAGCGCAAGCAGAUAAACACAUUUUCGCCUUAUGGAUCUGGAUCUUGUCAUUUUUUCCACUGCCAUCAAUUCAAUCUUGCUGUUUUUCCGCGUAUUGGAUAAACUCAUCUUUAGUAUUAAGCAUUGUUGCGAUCCUCGGUAUCCACUAUCUAGUGGAAAACGUGUUACAAACCACGUAUCAGCGAUAUAGGCCUGGAAUUAUAGACUUAGGUCCAGCUUCUAGCUUGUUUGACCAGUAACUUUGUAAUGAACAUCAGAUUUUGUGUGCCCCUACUCAUUUACGUUUUAACAAUUCCAAUAUCCCUUAUAUCUUUUGUCACUCUUUUCAAAUUAUGUUAAUAUUGACAGUGAUAAAAAGUACUGGAUUGGAAAGGUUGGAAUCACACGAUAUGCUUACUGAUAUUGAUUUGGAAAGGUAAUUGCAAUUGACCGAGUUAGUCUAACUCAAAGUUUAAUAUAAUAGAUCAGAUAGAAAGGAGAAAGGUGAAAUAGAAUUAAUAAGUAAAACAAUUAAAUAUAUCAAGUAAAUUAACAGUUAGUAAUAGUGGUCUAGAUAUAACUGAUACCGCAUAAGAACAGAAGGAGGAUAGCAGAAUGUUAUUGCAAAACAGAUCAGAUGCAAUGCAAAAGGCCAGGUAUAAAAAGCACUUGCAAUUGUGCUGAAUGCAUACCACCACCAAGUGCCUAGCCACUAUGUCUACUGUCCUCCUUACAAUUGUGUCCUGGUUUUUUCGAAAUCAAUAAUUGGGGUAUACAAGAAAUGAAGUGUAUACCCAUAUGCAGAAAUUAUAAAGCGAUGAAGAGAUUAUCAAAUCAUUACAGCUAUAGCUUUAGCUGACUGAGUGACUGUCAGUUAAAAUGAUCAUUCCGAAACUCUCUUGUCUUAUCUAGGGACAUACUGGAAGAAAUGACCAUAAAUAGGAAAAAAUGUCUCACAAAGAGAGUAGCAUGCCUUCGGAAUGGCUUAGGUGGAUUAGAAUUUUCCUUGUCCCAGGAAAUGUGAAAUUCCAAAAUUGUUGGAAAAAGCCACAUACUUAAUCUAAAUAUGUUCUCGUGCAAGACCCUGUACGAAGAAUAUUUCGACUGAAAUUAAAAAAAAUUUAUUAGCAACGCUUAUUAAAAAGCACGUAGUAAGAUAGGUAUAAGUUAUUUAAAUACAGUAUAAUGCAGAUGGCGAAUGACUACGCAUAUGUAAAUGUAAUCGUAUAAGAUCAAAUGAAACUUAUGUAUGUGUGUUUAGUAUGCAUUGAUGUAUAUUUAAAAUCGUAGUAGGUAUUUUGAAUAUGGUAAAGGUGAAAUUCAAAGAACUCAACUAUAAGUUUUAUGUUCUUUUUAUACCCGUUACUCGUAGAGUAAAAGGGUAUACUAGAUUCGUCGGAAAGUAUGUAACAGGCAGAAGGAAGCGUUUCCGACCCCAUAAAGUAUAUAUAUUCUUGAUCAGGAUCACUAGC